UUACUAUUCAAAAGAUGAAAUUCUUCACUUGCCUUCUCUUGCUGAUCGGUGUGAUGGUCUCUCAAGCCUACUGCUGGGGAUUCGACUUCUACAGCAAAGCCAACUACAAGGGUAAACACCAGACCUUCUACAGCAAUCAGGGCAAGAACGACUGCUUCAAUCUUUCCAAGCAAAUGACGGAUGCCAAAGUUGGUUCUUUCAAAUGGUGCACUGCUCGCUUCUCUGACUGCUCUGUCACUCUCCAUGACGGUCUCGGCUGCACUGGCAAGAAAUUAGGCGCUACUGGUGCCAAUGCCAAAUGGAACAAGCCCAAGACCUCCGCUGCCGGUAGCAAGGUCAAGAGCUUCCGCGUUCAAGGCUGCAAGUGGAAGAUUGAUCAAUCCAAGGAUUGUUAAAUUGCCCAGUAACCUUUUUCUCCGCCCAUCCGUGUCAAACCCAAUCUUAUUAGAGUCCAAACGACGAUCGGUUGCACCAACUUAUUUUCCUGUAACCAUAUAUGAUAAGCAAAUAAAAAAGAAAUUCUCCUACUAUUACAUUACAUGGA